AUGUCCCAACCUAUUGAGCUGGAAGCGCCUAUACGACCAAAAGAGGGAGAACCAGGGUUUGUCGGCCUGCUAGUCAAGUCGGUUUUCGAGCCUGGAGCCAAUGCUGCUGUUGUCCUGGCUAUGAACGUCUGCUUCUUCUUCCUCAUCCUCACCCUCUUCGGCCUCGCCGUCUUGACCCAAUGGAACAAACACGUCCUUCUAUUACUAGGAGUGACUACACUUCUUUGGGCGUCUAUGGCAUGGUUUGUACUGGAACUCACCCGCGUCCAGAACCAUCCCAGCAAUAUGCCAUUGUCUGCCGAGAUACCCGAGGACCAGGCAUCUCUGUCAGAUGAGCUGAAGAAGGAAAAGUGA